AUGGAGGAAGAGGCGGGAAAGGACGGACACAGGAGGAAACCGGAUCGGGCAAGGCGGAACCAGGGAGGAAACAGGAAGGAACAGGGCGACAAAAGGAGGCCAACCGGCGGAACACGGAGGCACCAGGCGGCCAGGAGGCCCCAGGCGGCACAAGGAGGCCGCUGGAGGAACACGGGAGGGAACGGCGGAACCCGGGCGGAAAAGGAGGAAACGCAACCGGCGGCAAACGGCAGACAGGGAGGCAGCGGAGGAGAAGGCGGAAGAGGAGGAACAGGAGGCCUCCAGUCGGGAAAGGUCGGCACGGAGAAGGAUAAUGGGAUGAAGCACGGAGGAAAAGGAGGAGAAGGCGGACGAGGAGGAAACGGAGGGCAAGGCGGACACCGGCGGAACCAGGAGGAAACGGAGGCAACACGGGGCCCACAGCGAGAGGACAGCGGAGGACCACGGGACGGGAAAGGAGGAAAAGGAGGAAACGAGCGGACACCGACGAAACAGGACGGAAGAAGGAGGAGAAGGCGAGCAGGAGGCCAAGGAGGACAGUGUAGGGAAAGGAGGAAAAGGAGGAAAAGGAGACUCGGAGGCGAAGGACGGAAGAGGAGGACACGGCAGGAACAAGUAGGGACAGGAGGAAAAUGGAGGCCAAGGGAGUCAACAGGUAGGACCACUGGAGGAAGCGCGCGGAAACGGCGGCGCCGGGCGGCCGCUGCGGCCCAGGAGGGACAGGCGGCCCCGGAGGACAACGGCCGGAAACAGGAGGCCAACGGAAGGGCCAGGGGCCAGGAGGACCAACGGCGGCCAGGCGGGCCCAAGGAGGCCCAGGCGGCCACGGAGGAAAAUGGAGGAGGAAGAGCGAGGACCAGGCGGCACAGGAGGGACACGGAGGACAAAGAAAGGAGGGGAACGGCAGGCCAAAGGAGGACAGGAGGACAGAUGGCAGGGACCAGGAGGCACCGGAGGAAAAGGAGGAACCGGGGGGACGGGAAAGGAGGACAGGCGGGAGACGGAGGCAAAGGAGGAAAGGGAGGAAACGGAGGAAAAGGGAGGGCAAGGAGGAAAAGGAGGGAACGGCGGACGAGGAGGCAACGGAGGCCGCGGAGGGAAAGGAGGAAACGGAGGCCAAAGGGAGGGCAGGCGGACACGAGAGGACCGGCGGCAAGGCGGACGGGAGGAACGGCGGACAGGCUCCGGAAAAGUACGGGAACCGGCGGCCACAGCUUCCCUUCUUCCCCUUCUUCCCUUCUUCCCUUCUUCCCCUUCUUCCCCUUCUUCCCCUUCUUCCUCUUCUUCCCCUUCUUCUCCUUCUUCCUCUUCUUCCCCUUCUUCCCCUUCUUCCUCCUUCUUCCCUUCUUCCCCUUCUUCCCCUUCUUCCCCUUCUUCCCCUUCUUCCCCUUCUUCCCCUUCUUCCUCUUCUUCCCCUUCCCCUCUUCCCUUCUUCCCCUUCUUUCCCUUCUUCCCCUUUCUUCCCCCUUCUUCCCCUUCUUCCCCUUCUUCCUCUUCUUCCCCUUCUUCCUCUUCUUCCCUUCUUCUUCUUCUUCCCCUUCUUCCCUUCUUCCCCUUCUUCCCCUUCCUUCUUCCCCUUCUUCCCUUCUUCCCUUCUUCCCCUUCUUCCCCUUCUUCCCCUUCUUCUCCUUCUUCCUCUUCUUCCCCUUCUUCUCCUUCUUCCUCUCUUCCUCUCUUCCCCUUCUUCCCUUCUUCCCCUUCUUCCCUUCUUCCCCUUCCCUCUUCCCCUUCUUCCCCUACUUUCCCUUCUUCCCCUUCUUCCCCUUCUUCCUCUUCUUCCUUCUUCCUUCUUCCUCUUCUUCCUUCUUCCCCUUCCUCUUCCUUCUUCAUCCUAACCUUUCCAACAUCUAUGCAGCCACUCACAAUGGCUUCAGCCAUUCUAGGGGCACGCAAGCUAAGGGCACGCAAGCUAGGGGCACGCAAGCUAGGGGCACGCAAGCUAGGGGCACGCAAGCUAGGGGCACGCAAGCGAAGGGCACGCAAGCGAAGGGCACGCAAGCUAAGGGCACGCAAGCUAAGGGCACGCAAGCGAAGGGCACGCAAGCUAAGGGCACGCAAGCUAGGGGCACGCAAGCUAAGGGCACGCAAGCUAGGGGCACGCAAGCUAGGGGCACGCAAGCUAAGGGCACGCAAGCUAAGGGCACGCAAGCUAAGGGCACGCAAGCUACGGGCACGCAAGCUAGGGGCACGCAAGCUAAGGGCACGCAAGCUAGGGGCACGCAAGCUAAGGGCACGCAAGCGAAGGGCACGCAAGCUAAGGGCACGCAAGCUAGGGGCACGCAAGCUAAGGGCACGCAAGCUAGGGGCACGCAAGCUAGGGGCACGCAAGCUAAGGGCACGCAAGCUAGGGGCACGCAAGCUAAGGGCACGCAAGCUAAGGGCACGCAAGCUAAGGGCACGCAAGCUAAGGGCACGCAAGCGAAGGGCACGCAAGCUAAGGGCACGCAAGCUAGGGGCACGCAAGCUAAGGGCACGCAAGCUAAGGGCACGCAAGCGAAGGGCACGCAAGCUAAGGGCACGCAAGCGAAGGGCACGCAAGCUAAGGGCACGCAAGCUAGGGGCACGCAAGCUACGGGCACGCAAGCUAAGGGCACGCAAGCUAAGGGCACGCAAGCUAGGGGCACGCAAGCUAAGGGCACGCAAGCUAAGGGCACGCAAGCGAAGGGCACGCAAGCUACGGGCACGCAAGCUACGGGCACGCAAGCUGAGGGCACGCAAGCUACGGGCACGCAAGCUAAGGGCACGCAAGCUACGGGCACGCAAGCUAGGGGCACGCAAGCUAAGGGCACGCAAGCGAAGGGCACGCAAGCUAGGGGCACGCAAGCUAAGGGCACGCAAGCUAAGGGCACGCAAGCGAAGGGCACGCAAGCUAGGGGCAUGCAAGCUAAGGGCACGCAAGCUAGGGGCACGCAAGCUAAGGGCACGCAAGCGAAGGGCACGCAAGCUACGGGCACGCAAGCAAAGGGCACGCAAGCGAAAGGCACGCAAGCUAAGGGCACGCAAGCUAAGGGCACGCAAGCUACAGGCACGCAAGCUACGGGCACGCAAGCUAAGGGCACGCAAGCUAAGGGCACGCAAGCUACGGGCACGCAAGCUAACGGCACGCAAGCUAAGGGCACGCAAGCUAAGGGCACGCAAGCUAAGGGCACGCAAGCUAAGGGCACGCAAGCUAAGGGCACGCAAGCUAAGGGCACGCAAGCUACAGGCACGCAAGCUACGGGCACGCAAGCUAAGAGCACGCAAGCUAAGGGCACGCAAGCUACGGGCACGCAAGCUAACGGCACGCAAGCUAAGGGCACGCAAGCUAAGGGCACGCAAGCUAAGGGCACGCAAGCUAAGGGCACGCAAGCUAAGGGCACGCAAGCUAAGGGCACGCAAGCUACGGGAACGCAAGCUACGGGCACGCAAGCUAAGGGCACGCAAGCUACGGGAACGCAAGCUAACGGCACGCAAGCGAAGGGCACGCAAGCUAAGGGCACGCAAGCGAAGGGCACGCAAACGAAGGGCACGCAAGCUAAGGGCACGCAAGCUAAGGGCACGCAAGCUACGGGCACGCAAGCUACAGGCACGCAAGCUAAGGGCACGCAAGCUAAGGGCACGCAAACUAAGGGAACGCAAGCUAAGGGCACGCAAGCUAAGGGCACGCAAGCUACAGGCACGCAAGCUACGGGCACGCAAGCUACGGGCACGCAAGCUAAGGGCACGCAAGCUAAGGGCACGCAAGCUAAGGGCACGCAAGCUAAGGGCACGCAAGCUACGGGCACGCAAGCUACGGGCACGCAAGCUAGGGGCACGCAAGCGAAGGGCACGCAAGCUACGGGAACGCAAGCUAAGGGCACGCAAGCGAAGGGCACGCAAGCUACGGGAACGCAAGCUAAGGGCACGCAAGCUAAGGGCACGCAAGCUACGGGCACGCAAGCUAAGGGCACGCAAGCUAUGGGCACGCAAGCUACAGGCACGCAAGCUAAGGGCACGCAAGCUAAGGGCACGCAAACUAAGGGAACGCAAGCUAAGGGCACGCAAGCUAAGGGCACGCAAGCUACAGGCACGCAAGCUACGGGCACGCAAGCUACGGGCACGCAAGCUAAGGGCACGCAAGCUAAGGGCACGCAAGCUAAGGGCACGCAAGCUAAGGGCACGCAAGCUACGGGCACGCAAGCGAAGGGCACGCAAGCUAAGGGCACGCAAGCGAAGGGCACGCAAGCGAAGGGCACGCAAGCUAAGGGCACGCAAGCUAAGGGCACGCAAGCUAAGGGCACGCAAGCUAAGGGCACGCAAGCUAAGGGCACGCAAGCUGAGGGCACGCAAGCUAGGGGCACGCAAGCGAAGGGCACGCAAGCUACGGGCACGCAAGCUACGGGCACGCAAGCUACGGGCACGCAAGCUAAGGGCACGCAAGCUAGGGGCACGCAAGCGAAGGGCACGCAAGCUAAGGGCACGCAAGCUAAGGGCACGCAAGCUACAGGCACGCAAGCUAAGGGCACGCAAGCUAGGGGCACGCAAGCGAAGGGCACGCAAGCUAAGGGCACGCAAGCUAACGGCACGCAAGCUAGGGGCACGCAAGCUAAGGGCACGCAAGCGAAGGGCACGCAAGCGAAGGGCACGCAAGCGAAGGGCACGCAAGCUAAGGGCACGCAAGCUAGGGGCACGCAAGCUAAGGGCACGCAAGCUAACGGCACGCAAGCUAAGGGCACGCAAGCUAAGGGCACGCAAGCUAAGGGCACGCAAGCUAAGGGCACGCAAGCUACGGGAACGCAAGCUAAGGGCACGCAAGCGAAGGGCACGCAAGCUACGGGAACGCAAGCUAAGGGCACGCAAGCUAAGGGCACGCAAGCUACGGGCACGCAAGCUAAGGGCACGCAAGCUAAGGGCACGCAAGCUAAGGGCACGCAAGCUAAGGGCACGCAAGCUAAGGGCACGCAAGCUAACGGCACGCAAGCUAAGGGCACGCAAGCUAAGGGCAUGCAAGCUAAGGGCACGCAAGCGAAGGGCACGCAAGCUACGGGCACGCAAGCGAAGGGCACGCAAGCUAAGGGCACGCAAGCUAGGGGCACGCAAGCUAAGGGCACGCAAGCUACGGGCACGCAAGCUACGGGCACGCAAGCUAAGGGCACGCAAGCUACGGGCACGCAAGCUACGGGCACGCAAGCUACGGGCACGCAAGCUAAGGGCACGCAAGCUAAGGGCACGCAAGCUACGGGCACGCAAGCUAGGGGCACGCAAGCUAACGGCACGCAAGCUACGGGAACGCAAGCUACGGGCACGCAAGCUAGGGGCACGCAAGCGAAGGGCACGCAAGCUAAGGGCACGCAAGCUACGGGCACGCAAGCGAAGGGCACGCAAGCGAAGGGCACGCAAGCUAGGGGCACGCAAGCGAAGGGCACGCAAGCUAAGGGCACGCAAGCUAAGGGCACGCAAGCUAAGGGCACGCAAGCUAAGGGCACGCAAGCUAAGGGCACGCAAGCUAAGGGCACGCAAGCUAAGGGCACGCAAGCUAAGGGCACGCAAGCUACGGGCACGCAAGCUACGGGCACGCAAGCUAAGGGCACGCAAGCUAACGGCACGCAAGCUAAGGGCACGCAAGCUACGGGCACGCAAGCUACGGGCACGCAAGCUACGGGCACGCAAGCUAAGGGCACGCAAGCUAAGGGCACGCAAGCUACGGGCACGCAAGCUACGGGCACGCAAGCUAGGGGCACGCAAGCUAAGGGCACGCAAGCUACGGGCACGCAAGCUAAGGGCACGCAAGCUAAGGGCACGCAAGCUACGGGCACGCAAGCUACGGGCACGCAAGCUAGGGGCACGCAAGCUAAGGGCACGCAAGCUAGGGGCACGCAAGCUACGGGCACGCAAGCUACGGGCACGCAAGCUACGGGCACGCAAGCUAGGGGCACGCAAGCUACGGGCACGCAAGCUACGGGCACGCAAGCUAGGGGCACGCAAGCUACGGGCACGCAAGCUAAGGGCACGCAAGCUACGGGCACGCAAGCUACGGGCACGCAAGCUACGGGCACGCAAGCUAAGGGCACGCAAGCUACGGGCACGCAAGCUAGGGGCACGCAAGCUAACGGCACGCAAGCUACGGGAACGCAAGCUACGGGCACGCAAGCUAGGGGCACGCAAGCGAAGGGCACGCAAGCUACGGGCACGCAAGCUACGGGCACGCAAGCUAAGGGCACGCAAGCUAAGGGCACGCAAGCUAAGGGCACGCAAGCUAAGGGCACGCAAGCUACGGGCACGCAAGCUACGGGCACGCAAGCUACGGGCACGCAAGCUACGGGCACGCAAGCUAAGGGCACGCAAGCUACGGGCACGCAAGCUACGGGCACGCAAGCUACGGGCACGCAAGCUAAGGGCACGCAAGCUAAGGGCACGCAAGCUACGGGCACGCAAGCUACGGGCACGCAAGCUAGGGGCACGCAAGCUAAGGGCACGCAAGCUACGGGCACGCAAGCUAAGGGCACGCAAGCUAAGGGCACGCAAGCUACGGGCACGCAAGCUACGGGCACGCAAGCUAGGGGCACGCAAGCUAAGGGCACGCAAGCUACGGGCACGCAAGCUAAGGGCACGCAAGCUAAGGGCACGCAAGCUACGGGCACGCAAGCUACGGGCACGCAAGCUAGGGGCACGCAAGCUAAGGGCACGCAAGCUACGGGAACGCAAGCUACGGGCACGCAAGCUAGGGGCACGCAAGCUAAGGGAACGCAAGCUACAGGCACGCAAGCUACGGGCACGCAAGCUAGGGGCACGCAAGCUAAGGGCACGCAAACUAAGGGCACGCAAGCUACGGGCACGCAAGCUACGGGCACGCAAGCUAGGGGCACGCAAAUUUUGUUUCUUUUUACAUGCAUUUGCUAUGCCUUUGGUUAUCCAUGGUUUCUCAUGACCGCUUACAUCUUUAAUAGAAAUUAA